UUUUUGUUUUAUUUUUUUCGCUUUUGCGAAAAAAAAAUCACUACUUAGAUAACGACGUGAACGAUGUGAUAUAAAUUAUUAUUAUUUGUUUACAAUUACAAUCGUUUUUGAUUUGUGCACGAUUGAGAUUUUUUCACCAUUAUUAUUAUUACUAUUAUUACUAUUUAAUUAUUCAUUAAUCAAUAAUCAUUAUAAUAUUUUAUUCUUGAGGCUACGGUUCCUCGCGAAUUCAAUAUUUCCAUUGCAACACAACGUCUAGUUACCGAAAAGCGAAUUUCACUGCUGCUUAACAAUGCAUUUGAGAUGUCGUUUCUCUACAAAAAUUAUGUGCAAUGCGUUUUGCGCAAACUAUUAAAUCGCAACGUAUUUAAUCCAGCAAGACUACCAUCAACAAGUUCGACAUUACAGCAUCUGCAUACAGUCAUGGACUCAGAGCAUUGCACGUACAUCCAUCAAAAAUCAACAGUGAUGUAUCUGUGAAAAUUUCUUAUGGAUUACUUAUGACGUAUAAUGAUAGAAGGUGUGUCAAGAAGAACCUUAGCAGGAUCGAGUGGCACAUACAAUGUCCGUGCUACCGAAUUGGCUGUAGAUCGUGGUCGUUUAAAGUCAAUCAAUGCUACUGUUGUAUUUCUUGAUGACACUCAGCAUUGUUUUAAACUUGACAAAAGAGCUAAAGGUGAAGCAUUACUAGAAGCAGUAUUUCAACACUUAGAAUUAAUUGAAAAAGAUUAUUUUGGCUUACAAUUUACCGAAAAUGGGGUAAUUCCAUCGGCAACAAAUACAGAUAUUUUGAGAUGGCUGAAUCCAAAAAAAAGUGUUAAAAAACAAAUGAGAGGAGGAUUUUUUUAUUUUUGUGUAAAAUUUUAUGUGUCUGAUCCAAGUAAACUUCAAGAAGAAUAUACACGUUAUCAUUUGUAUUUACAAUUACGAAAAGAUAUUUUACAUGGAAAACUUCUUGUGUCUCCAAGUACUGCUUGUCUUCUUGCCAGUUACACUGUUCAAUCUGAACUUGGAGAUUACCACCCUGAAGAACAUAAGCCUGGGUAUAUAUCUGGAAUGGUUCUUAUACCUGGUCAAACAGAACAAUUGGAAAAUCAAAUUUCUGAAUUACAUAAAUUACACAAGGGUCAAUCUCCUGCCGACGCUGAAUUUAAUUUUUUGGAUCAUGGAAAGAGAUUAGAUAUGUAUGGUGUUGAUUUACAUAAAGCAAAAGAUUCUGCUGAUAAAGAAUUAGAUAUUGGAGUUACAUGUAAUGGUUUAGUUGUAUUUCAAAAUAAUAUUCGUAUAAAUACAUUGUCAUGGGCAAAAAUAGUAAAAAUAUCAUUUAAGCGAAGACAUUUUUUUGUUCAACUACGAAGAGAAAUGUCUGAAAAUUAUGAUACAGUAUUGGGCUUUAAUAUGAUGACAUAUCGUUCAUCUAAACAUUUAUGGAAAUCUUGUGUUGAACAUCAUUCAUUUUUCCGACUAAAUCAACCCAUUUGCCCAUCAAAUAAUCGAGGAUUUAGACGAUUGUUGCCAGGACCAUUUCUUCUUGGUUCACGAUUUUCAUAUUCGGGACGAACUGAAAUACAAACAAUAGAAGAGAGUCGUAUGUCACAACCACGACCUCACCGAACAUUUCUUAGAUUCAAAAGUAAAUACUGUUCUAAACAACCAGUUAACAACAAUACGGAAAGUAAGAGCUCGAAAUCAAUUCUCAAAUCAUCUACUAAGGGAUCACAUGAUAAUAAAGUAAAGUCAGUUGAUAAAGAACCAAGACCAGCUUGGGGUCCUACUUCAUCACUUGUAUCAGAUGAUGAAGGUGGAUUUAUAUCUUCAGCUGUCCGCCCAAGUAGCAGUAGUAGUGGAACCGGAUUAGCUGCAACUGGCCGAAAUUAUGUUGAUGAUGAUAUGUCUAGUAGUAUUUAUGAUAUCCCAGCAUAUGAUACAGAAUCUUCUUUGGGUUGUGAAAAUAAUGUUGUUUGCAUUCAUAUGAAUGCUGAUGAGGAAGGGAGGUUUGGAUUUAAUGUAAGAGGUGGCUCAGAUUUAGGAUUACCAAUUGUUGUGUCCAGAGUUGUUCCUAACACAGCAGCUUAUCGAUCACAACCUAAACUAUGUGAAGGUGAUCAGGUGUUAAUGAUAAAUGGACAAGAAGUCAGUGAGAUGGUCCAUGAUGAUGUUGUAAAUUUAAUUAGAGCAGCAAGAGAUGUUGAACACGAUGGAAAAUUAGUUUUAACAGUACAACAAAAAGGUGAUGAUGAUGAUGAUGAUGACUGUUUGAAAGAAAAAGAAGAAGAACCUUUAUUUCAGUACAUACCAGAAUCUCCACCAAGUGUUAUGUCAUCUGAUCCAUUGAUUCAGUCUAUAUUACUGCUAGGAGAUGGUUUAGCGAGUGGUUCUUUACUAACACAGUUUGAACAGCUAUACAGGCAUAAACCAGAAACUCCUAUGGAUAAUGCAAGAACCUCUCAAAAUAUACAUAAAAAUAGAUACCGCGAUAUAGCUCCAUAUGAUAUAACUCGAUAUAUUAUCAAGAAUCAGGACCAUGACUAUAUUAAUGCCAACUAUAUAAAUAUGGAAAUACCAGGUUCAGGAAUCAUUAACAGAUACAUAGCAACACAAGGACCACUUCAAACAACAAUUAGCGAUUUCUGGUGUAUGGUAUUGGAAUCUCGUAGUACUUUAAUUGUUAUGGUCACUGCACUUGUUGAAAAAGGUCGUCAAAAAUGUGCUAAAUAUUGGCCAGCAAUCAAUGAAUCAUUAGAAGUUAACAGCAAUAUAACGUUAAAAAUGGUUUCCGAGGAAACAGAUACUUCUAACAUUAUUGUUUACCGCCAAAUAGAGUUAACUGAAAUAAGUACUAAUGAAACUAGAUCUGUUACACAACUUCAAUAUAGUUUAUGGCCUGAUCACGGUGUACCAGAUGAUUCAGAUCGUUUGCUAAAUUUAGUAGGAGCUGUUCGUAAAGAACGUGCAGGUGUCGUCGAACCUGUUGUUAUACAUUGUUCAGCUGGUAUUGGACGUACAGGAGUGAUAAUUUUAUUGGAGACUGCAUUAUGCUUAAUAGAGGCAGGUCAACCUGUCUAUCCACUUGAAAUUGUUCGGCAAAUGCGUGAUCAACGAGCUAUGAUGGUACAAACUUCAAAUCAAUAUAAAUUUGUAUGCAGUUGCAUACAUUAUGCAUUUACACAGGGUAUUGUGAAACCAUUGCCGGAAUAUAGUCAACAAUAAAAUAAUCCGUACUUUGGUGUAACUGCAGUAAUCCCUUGAAAAAUGUAUUUAUUUAUUUAUUUAUUAUAUUUUUAUUUAUACAUUUGCUUUUUUUCUUUUUUGACAUUUAAACACUAGAAACAUUUAAUAUUAUAUUAUUAUUUAUUAUUUGUGUACAAUGACGUGACUGCAUAUUAGCAUCUAAAAUUUUUCUUAUAGAUUUAUUAUUUGUAAUUCCUU